AUGGAUUUUUUUUUAAAAAAACCAAGCAACGUUUUAAAACGUCUUGGUUCUAAUAAUAAUAAAUCUCUAACAGAAGAAAAUAAAUGGUAAGAAUUGUUUCUAAUAUUAUUAAGUAUGAUACGCAAACAGAAAAAAAAAUGCCCCUACACAAUAAUGUUUUAAAUUUAAGAAGUUAAUUUUGUAUUCCUAUUUAAUUCUACUAAUUUUAUUGUGGGAAGUAAGAAAUCUAAAAGUAUCUUGUACAAUUGGUUUGUAUUUUAUUAUUUCUAUUAACUAGUGUUUUUGGAAUGAAAACCUUAACUUGAAAUUUUAUUAUACAGUGGAUGCCGCUUAUAGGACUUAAAGAUUUAAGGUUUAGUUGAUUAUUACGCUCAAAAUCGUCUGGAACAGUUCAGACGUAUCCAAAUACAUUAUAAAACAAUUUGGUUACAAGGUUCAAAUUUCAUAAAAUGUAGUGCCGCCAUUGGAUAUAUCGAUAAGUCAACUCACCCCCUAUGGCCAGUAUCCUUGUUAUGUCUACUUAUUUGUAUUUUAUCCAUAAAUAGUGUAAUUCUGUUGAUAUUCCAUAAUGUUAUUGUUGUAUUCAUCCACAUUAAUUUAUUUACUGGGUUUAAUAAUUAUUACAAAAGUACAGGUAGCAUAAGAUGGCCAUACAAUUUUUAAUUUAUUAAAUUGUGUUACAUUUUAUUUGUUUAAGCAAACCAAAAUCUCCUAUUGUUACUAUUAAUUUAAUAGAUAGUGACGAAGAAAAAAGUAUAAAACAGAAACCAGUACCUGACAAACUACGUAAGUACCAAUAAUAUUGAAUAAUGUAAAUACUAAAUAUUCUUAUAUGUGUUUACAAUUUAAUUAAGCACUAACAAAUUUGAAUUCAGAAACAUAGUAACUACUGUUUUAAUAUUUAUUCAAAGUAGUAUUAUUAAACUUUAUAAUUAUUAAAUUUAUUCUGUGUAUACCAAAAAAUAUAAAUAUAAUUUUUAAAAUAAAGGAAAAUUGUAAGAUUUUAUUUUUUUGGUGAAAUUCAUACAGUAGAACAUUUUGAUUUGCAACUAUUAUUUAAUAUUAAAUAGUGUGUUAUGAAUAAUGAAUUAAAAUGACAUUAUAUUAUUAAUAAACAUAUAUUAAAAUAUUUGUAUUUGUGUAUUUCUAGAAAAAAUAACUAAAUAUUACUGAGUCUACAAAAAAAACUUAAAAUUAGUUAAAUUUAAGAAAUUUGAGAGUGUGGAUAAUCUACACUAUUGUUUAAGUGUAAUAUUAUGUGAUAGGUACACUGUGAUAAAAUUAAAUAACAUUAAACAACUAAAAUAACUUAUUCUUAUUUUUUUUAUAAACUACAAAUGAUUAAUUGAAUAUUUUUAUUUUGUAUUUAAGAAUUUUCAAAAAAUAUUAAAGAGGAUAAUGUAUUUAAUAAUUUCAACUAUGAUGAUGAUGAUGUCAGUAUUAUUUUUAGCCCAGAAAAAACAACAUCCAAUCGAAACAAUGUAAGUAGAACAUUUCAUAUUGUAUUUUAUUAAUUAUAAUGCAUAGGUAUUUUUUAUUUAUAUAGGUUCUUUUAAGUUUCAAAAAUAGUCGAGAGAUUAUAUUAACUAUUAAACUAAAUGAUAAUCUAGUGAUUAUUAGGUUUAACAUAUAAAGAAGUUAUUUUUUUUUUUAAGUAUCCCAGUAUCUAAAUUUUUAUAUUAUUCUAUUAAAUAAAAAUUGCAAUUUUAAAAAAAAGUAUUGAAAAGGUUUGAAAAAAUGCAAUUAAUUUAAAGUAAAAUAAAUUAUAAGCUUAUGCCUGUUCAAGUCAGUGUAUAAUACAGUUGAUAUUUUUAAUUUUGAAUUAAAGAUUUUACACAAUCUUGAACUAUUUAAUAAUUUUAUUUUUAGAAGUAAUCUAUUUUACAGUAUAUUUAAGUUUUAUUUUGUAUGGUUUUUGCCAAAAACAUUCAUUUAAAAAACAUUGUUUCUAUAUUCAAAAGAAACGAGUUAGUUUUACCAUAAAAUAUAAACCAUUUUCGCCUGAAAUUUGAUGUUUGACAUUUACUAUUGACUAAUUUUUUAUUGAAUUACUAUUUGUUACUAUAUUUAUUUAAAUAGAACGUAACAAUGUAUUUUUUUAUUUUAGUCAACUCAAAUAAUUGAUUUGGUCAAUUUAGAUAGGUCUACAAGUCCAUCUAUAUUUUCUGAUUUUGAAUCUAAAUCACCUGAAGAAUUAAUAAAGAAACAGCAGUUUUCUACAAAUUCAACAGCCAUUUGUAAAGAUGUAAUUAAUGAUAAAUCUUCAAAAAAUUGCAAUGAUUAUUUAUAUAAUUCAGGUUUGUUUAUUUUAUUUGUGUAAUUAUUUUCGUAAUUGUUUCAUAUUUUACUCAUAGGAAAUCAAUCAAUAGAUUUAGGAAAUUGGCUCAAUGAUCUGAAUAAUAAUUCUAUUCUAGCUGAAACAAUUCCAGAUGUAAGUAUUAAUAAAUGUAUGAAAUAAUCAAUUAUUAUAUUUUAUAAUUAACUAAGUUCAUACAUUUUUAUUUUAUUUAAAAAAAAAUAACCAAACAACUCCAUUUAUCAAAAAUUAGUCAUCUAAAAUUGUAUUUAAGUUAUAUUAACUUUACUUUUGUUUCAUUCACUUGUUAAUAUUUAAGAAUUAUAUUAUAUUUAGUAAAAGAUUUUGUUUUAAUAAAAGUCUUAUACAAAUAUUUAAACAAUCCAAACAAUUCGGAAAUGCAAUACUUAAAUUUUAAAUAAUAUCACUACUACAAUAUUAGACUAAUUUAUACAAGAUUUAAAAUACUAGAGUUUAUUAUAGUUUUUUUUAAAAAUAUGUAUAAAUAUAACACCAAUUUAAUUUUACUGUUAUAAUUUAUAGACAAGUUUUAAUAAUCUUAUGUUAUGUACAAUUUUUAUUUAGAUAUCAAUCACAAGUUUAGAAAAUCAUUUGAUGGACUUAAAAAAAUUAGAAUUGGAUCUGUUAGAACAAGUGUAUAAUAUAAUCUUGACAAUACCAGAUACUAUUAUACUCUCCAUUCCUAGUAUUAAAAGCCCAUUAGUUUUGACUCAGCUUAAAAGAAUUCGACAAAAAAUAAAAAAUAAAUUAAAAAUUGGUAAUACACGAUUAACAAAUGAAUGCUAUUCAAGACCAUUGAAUUUGAAUAAUAACAGUUUUGGUACCCUUGAAAAUAAGUCAAGAACAUCUAUCGUAAACAGAUUUGAUGCAAUAACCAAUCCUCAUGAUUCUCAUUAUGAAAAACAAACUUAUAAUUCUAUAAAUUACCAUCAAAAUAAUGUUUAUAACGAAAGUAAUAGUAUUACUAAUACUAAUAAAUGGGUUUCACCUGAUUUUCAAACAAAUAAUACACAGCCAAUAAGACUAACAUCUAAUAGUAGUGACAUAUACAACCGAGAACGUCUAAAUGUGAAUGAAUUGGAAUGUAUUGUUAAUGACGAUCAUUUUGACUCAUUCUCUGUGUCUGAUGUUAAAGUUCAUAAUGGGUCAGAAAAUUAUAAUGGAAAACUAUCAACACAUACCCAUUUAGAAACGAAAAAAUCACAGUUUCAGAAUAAUUGUAAAGAAGGUAAUUUAUAAAUAUUGUUCACCAAGUUUUACAAAAUUGAAUAAAAUAUUUUAUUUUUUGAAACUAGUUCAUAAUUUUCCACUUUUCAAUACUUCUCAAUCAACCCGUGAAAGCAGACCAAAUAAAUGUUCAACUAUGUCUAAUUCUGCUGGAGAAUUCAACAAAACAAAUUAUUCUCAUUCAAGAGAAUUAUUUACGGUAAUUAUAAAAAGUCAAUAUAGGUGUCUAAUAAUAAUGCCUUCUAUGUAAUGUGCAGGUAUUUAGAUCAACUUUUGGCCUCCAUGAUUUCCGCCCCAAUCAAUUGGAAGCUAUUAAUGCAGCAUUACUUGGUCAUGAUUGUUUCAUAUUGAUGCCUACUGGUGGUGGAAAAUCCUUAUGUUAUCAAUUACCUGCAGUAAUAUCAAAAGGGGUUACCAUUGUUAUUUCACCUUUGAAAUCACUUGUAAUUGAUCAGACAGAAAAAUUGAAAUCUUUAGAUGUAAUUACUUUAUUUUCAAUAUUUUUUUAAAAAAAAUAAACUUGCAAUUUUCUAUUUAGAUUCCUGCUGCUCAUUUGUUGGGCAAUAUGCCACAAGAUGAAGAAAAUAAAAUUUUCACAAAGUUGUGCUUAACAGAACCAAGUAAUAAAAUUUUUGUUAUCUUUAAUUUUUUCAAUAUAAUUUUUACUACUAAUUUUAUCAAAUUAUUGAAAGCAUUAAAAAUGGUGUACGUUACACCAGAAAAAAUUGCUGCAAGUAUGAAAUUAGCUCAAGUUUUAGACAAUUUGCAUGGUCGUGGAAAACUAGCUCGUCUUGUUAUUGAUGAAGCACAUUGUGUUUCUCAUUGGGGUCAUGAUUUUCGGUAUAAGUGAACAAUUUUCAGUUUCUUUUGCAUUUGAUCUAUAAUUAUUGGAUUAUUAAUUUUAGACCAGACUAUAAACGUUUGGGAGAAUUCAGAAAAAAGUAUCCAAAAGUUCCAAUCAUGGCUUUAACAGCUACUGCAACACCACGUGUACGUCAAGACGUUUUACACCAACUUCAGAUUAGUGGAACAAAACUGUAAGACUUAAAAAUUAAAAAAUAAAUGUUUUAUUAAUUGUACUGUUUGUCCUUAUUUGAUUUGUUUGGCAGUUUUUUGUCCAGUUUCAACAGACCUAAUUUGUUGUACAAAGUUGUUCCAAAAAAAGGGAAAGCAACUCUAGAAGAAAUAGCUAAUCUUAUCAAAGAGAGUUAUAAAAAUCAAUCUGGUAUAAUUUAUUGUUUGUCAAGAAAAGACUGUGAUAGUACAGCAGAUUUUAUGUGCAAUGAAGGAAUCAAAGCGAUUAGCUAUCAUGCUGGUCUAGCUGAUCAAAAACGGAAUGAUGUUCAAAUGAAAUGGAUCUCAAACAAAGUCAAUGUAAUUAUUAUUACUACUGAUAUUAUUAAUAUUCUAUAAUUAAGAUAAAAAAAAUAGAUAUAAGAAAUAGUAUUGACAAUUAUAUUUAGUGUUUUAUUAUAAUUUUGGUCAUACUUAACUAGUAAAUUGUAUCACAUUGAAAAUAUUUGUUCAGGUUGUUUGUGCUACAAUUGCAUUUGGUAUGGGGAUAGAUAAACCAGAUGUCCGUUAUGUUUUUCACUAUUCUCUACCCAAGUCUAUUGAAGGUUAUUAUCAAGAAUCUGGUAGAGCUGGACGUGAUGGUAAAAUAUCUCAUUGUUUGCUAUUCUAUAGUUAUCAUGAUAUGCACCGAAUUCGAAAACUUAUUGAAAGUAUGUACCCAUUUAAUGAAAUUGUAUUGUUUUAAGUUUUCAUAUAAUUAUAUAAGACAAGCUGUUUUAAUAAAGUACAAAUUUAAAAUCAAUUUUUUUCAUAAAUAUCUAUUUCUAUGUACAUAUUUAAUUACAAUAUAUAUAGUUUGUUUGAUAUUUUAAUUAUUUAGUGGAUGAUUCUGGUAACCACGAGUCAAAAAAAGUCCAUAUACAAAAUCUAUUUAGAAUCGUUUCAUUUUGUGAAAAUAAAACAGAUUGUAGGAGAACUUUACAAUUAAACUAUUUUGGUGAAACGUUUGAUGACAAACUUUGUAUUUCAAAUAAAGAAACUGCAUGUGAUAAUUGUCGAAAUAAAGUAAAUAUUGCUUGUACUAAAAGUUAAUGAUCAGUAUUAAUUUAAACAAAUUUAAAUACUUUAGUUUAGUUAUUUAUAGGGUUUUACAUAAAGUUUUGACACCUGAAAUCACUUUUGUUCUGCUUAAUAUUUUUAAAUUGUUUUUCUUAUGAUGAUUUCUAGAAUUUUACAUUAUGAUUUCUCUAUUUUUAAUUUUUUUAAAACCAAAAAUAAAAAAAUAAAAACAGUUUUUACAAAAUUCAAAGGAGUCAUUUUAUAAAUAUAUUUUAAAAAUUUUGGUGUUACAAAUAUUUAUUAAUUAUGAAAUGUGAAGUUUCUAUAAUUUUUUAAAAUUUAUAAAAAAUACUUUUCUUAGAAAAAUUGUCGAAUCGACAUAGUUAUUAUUUAGAAGUGAUAAUGAAAAAAGUUUAAAUCAUUAUUAACUUUAAAAGGUUGUACAAAAUUAACGAUUCAUCAAUAGCUAUCUUGGAUUUAGUAAAAACAGUUUCUUUUAUAUUUUUAAUUAAAUUUUUUAUUUUUGUUACAUAAAUUAUUAAAUAGUGCAAUCAUAAUGUAACAUUCUAGAAAUCAUAAUAAGAAAAAUAUUGAUUUAAUAACAAAAGUUACUUCAUUUGUCAGAUCAUUGUGUUACAGCUUAUAUAACAAUUAAACUAUUUACAUUAUUUACAUUAUUUUAGGCAGCAUUUAAAUACAUUGAUAUUACAGAAGAUAGUAUUCAAAUAGUAAAAACAAUUAAAGAAUUAUGUAGUAAGUCAGGUAGUAAUUGGAACAAUAAUUUUACUUUAAUACAUAUUAUUGAUAUAUUUAAAGGCAGUACAAAUCAAAAAAUAAAAUUACAUAGUGAGUUGUAUUCAUUAUUAAUUUUGAUUUUAACUUUGAUCACUAUACUGUACAGAAUAUAUAAUUAGUACAUAUUUUAUAAUUUAGAUCAUGAAAAAUUAAGUUUGCACGGCCGUGGAAAACAUUGGGAUAGAUUUGAUGUGGAACGUUUAAUGCAUAAAUUAGUCCUUGAAGGCUAUUUAAGAGAAGAAAUGGUUGCCUCUAAAGUGGAUAUAAUCAAUGCCUUUGUCAGAGUUGGUCCGGAAGCUGAAAAACUCAUUAGAGGAUUAGUUAAAGUAAGUUAUUAUUAUAAUUAGUUUUAUUUGUAUAGAAAUGGAGUUUUUUUUUUUAUCAGCUAAAAUUAGCAUCAACUACGAAAAAUAAAUUAAAUAUUGAAAGUACAAGUAAAACUUCUAAUAUACCAGUGAAUCCAAUCCUUAAAGAAAUUCAAGAAAAAUGCUAUGAAAAUCUAAUGGAUGUAUGUCGUGGAAUAGCAGCUUCAUUAAGCAUUAACACUAAUGCUGUUAUGCCUAUUCAAGUAAUUAAGACAAUAAUAUAUGAUUAUCUUUGUUCAUAUUAAGCAUAGAAUCUUUUAUAUAAUAUUUAUUUUUUUUUUUUGGUAAUAUAUUCAUAUGAAAUAUAUUAUUAUUUACUAGCUAUUCCGUAUGACUGACCAUGCAUAGUCUUCUUCUUACUGGCCUUCAUUUGAAUUAUUUGUGUUCAACUACCCUUGUCUUAAACACCCAAUUGACACAAUCUCAUAUAAUACUCACAUAUACUGUCCAUCCUCAUAUCAUUCUUUAUCACAUCUAUAACUAUUUAUGAUUUUUCUCUUUCCUCCUACGUUAAUUUUCAUUUCCAAUCUUAAUGCUUUUAAUUCCUUUCUUCUUAUAAUAUGCCUAAGUUUAUUUUCUCUUAUUUUGUCCACUAUCAAAAUAAUGCUAACUUUUCUCGUGCACAAUAUUAAUCUUAACAAAAUAAAAAUAAUUAAAUAAUAAAUAAUUUACUUAUUAAAAAAACUAUGUAACUCAUCUUAUACAUAUUGGGUUUCGGGAAAAUUGGUUUCCAAGUGCAUACAAGAUCCAUUAAAUGCUUUUAUAAGUAAAUUCUCAGGUCACUUGUAAUAUAUUUGGUUGUACAUUUCACACAGACCAAAAAACAGGUCAAACUCUUCCUUUUAAUAAUAUAAAUUAUUAUAUCCACAUAGGUACUAUAAUUAUUACUCUAUGAUAAAACAGUUUCUAAAAACCAAAAAAACAAUAUUGUUUAACUGUGUUUUGAAUAAAUACACUCAAUUUUUUUAGGCUAUUCAAGAAAUGUCUCAAACUUUGCCAGAAACUGAAGAAGAAAUGCUAAAAAUUGUUGGUGUAACUAAAGCCAAUUUUGAUAAAUAUGGCCAUCAGUUAUUAGAAAUUACACUAGAAGCUGCAGCAAAUAAAUUUGGUAAGUUACAUAAAAAUGAGUGAAUGAAAUUAUGUGUAGAAUCUGAAUUAAGUUGUUAUGGAUGCUAUAUUUUUUUUUUUAAGUUAAAAAAAGAAUUAUGCCUUUCUUGGGUUAAAGUAUAUUAAAGCCCCUGUAAAUAUAUAAAUUAUUUGGCCAAUCACAUUUUCAAAAUGGAAUAAACAAAAUUAAUUAAAACUUAAAUAAUAAAAAUUGUUUAUUUGUGUUGAAUUAAUUAUUUUGCUUAUCAAUAUAAAUAAUGCAUUAUAAUUGUAUUAAAAUAUACUUAAAAGAUGACCUCUAAUUAUUGUUGGUGAUAAGCAAUGUGAAUACUUAAAAUAGUUUUCGGAUUUUAAUAUAUUGAAAAUUAAUUAAUAUGUAUUAUUGUAAUAGAUAUGGAAUGUGAACAAGAUAAACAAAAUAAUAUGGAGGUAGAAGAAGUUGAUUGGCUCAAGACUAGUGUGGAUUGCCCAUAUUUUGAUGAUGUACCCUCUGGUUUAGCAAAUAAUCAGAAUAAGAAAAGAAAAAAAUUUACAAAUAAAGUAGGAAACAAAAAGUUUAAACGAGGAAAAAGUAAAAUGUAUGCUCAUAUACCUUAUAUGUAUAUAUUUUUUAUUUAUUUAGCUGACAUUAAUUUUUAUUGUUUCUGUUUGAAAACAGAUAUAAAAAAAAAGGUACAACACAAUCUGUGGCUUCCAAACAACCGAAACCACAAACAUCAAGAAUGACAUCUGGUGUAAAAAUUCCACCAUCAAAUAGACCAGGGUUCUUAUCUGCUCCCAAAGUAUCUUAUUUUUAAUAGUUCAAAUAUUUUUUCCUUCUUAAUGAACUGAUUAUAAAAGAAUUUAAGUAUAAUUUUAAUUUAUUUUAUUAGACCUGUAAUAUAAUUAAGAUGUUUCUCAAUAUUUAUUAUAUACAGUGUUAAUAUUUGAAACACAUUUUUAUUUAAUAAUAUGAUAAUAAAAUAUUUUAGUUCUAUGAUCCAAACAUUGAUAACAUUUAUUAUUAUUCAUAAAUACUUAAAAAUAAUAAUAAUUGUUUGUGCAUGCAUUAUCAAUAGGUGUUUAAUUAAAAUGUUCCUAAAAAAUAUAAUAUGUGUAUAUACA